AAUAAUCCUGUACAGUGAUAUUUUUGUAAUUUUUUUUAAAAAAAAUAUUAUUUCAGAAAAAAAUUCGUGUUUGGUUCACACAAAUGAAUGGUUUUGAUGGGAACAUUUCACUUCUCCAACUCUUUCAUGGCUACCCAUUUACAGGUUGCAAUUCCAGAACACAACCUCUUGAUCGUCGGUCCUGGGGUUCUUGGCCGUUUGGUGGCCCAAAAUUGGCGUCAGGAAUACCCUGGUUGUCAAGUUUUUGGACAAACAGUUACCACUGAUCAUCACCACGAAUUGACUAAACUUGCUAUUAAUCCCUCUUUGGAAUGGACCAAAGCCUCCCACAAAUUUCCUUAUGUCAUUUUCUGUGCCCCGCCUUACCAAUCCUCCGAUUACCUUGCUCAUCUUAGGCUGGCUGCAUCAUGCUGGAAUGGUGAAGGUUCUUUGCUGUUUACAUCAAGCUCUGCCCCUUAUGAUUGUAAUGAUAAUGGGUUUUGUGAUGAGGAUAGUCCAGUGGUGCCAAUAGGGAGGAGCCCCAGAACUGAUGUCCUUCUAAAAGCUGAAAAAAUAGUGCUGGAGUUUGGUGGCUCUGUUUUAAGACUGUCUGGACUUUAUAAAACAGAUAAAGGUGCUCAUGUUUAUUGGUUAGAGAAGGGGAUUGUUGAAUCUCGUCCUGAUCACAUCCUGAAUCUUAUACACUAUGAGGAUGCAGCCUCCCUAUCUGUUGCAAUUUUGAAGAAAAAAUUUCGUGGGAGAAUUUUCUUGGGUUGUGAUAAUCAUCCCUUAUCCAGGCAAGAAAUAAUGGAUCUAGUUAACAAAAGUGGGAAAUUCAGUAAAAAGUUUGAGAAAUUUACAGGAACUGAUGAUCCUCUAGGGAAGAGAUUAAACAACUCCAGAACACGCCAAGAACUAGGGUGGGAACCCAAGUACACUAGCUUUGCUCAUUUCCUUGAGACCAUCUGAUUAACUCGCUGUUUUCUCCAUGGUGACAUUAUAGAUAGAGAAAAUUACCAUGAAUCAUUUGCUAAAUGAAAGCAGAAACACUUAAUUUGUUGAUUGAUAUCAAGAUUAUUUUGCAUAUAAAUUCUUACUUGCAAGAUUUAUUUGUUUAGCCUUGCUGUGAAGGGGUAUAAUAAAGACAUGGUCAAGAUGCAUUGGUAGAC